GCAAUGAGUGACCUGAAAUUUUUAGCCGCUGAGCACAAUUAUGAGUUGGCUGACUAUUGUUUCAUAACGUUGUAUGUACGCUCCAUGGCUGAAUAUUCAGUAUUGAAUAGUAUAUAUGAUGAAGCUAUGCAUUUUCAAAAUCCUCCCACUCGUGUAUGUGUGGAAUGUCCACUACCAGAAGAUUGUCAUGUGGUUAUGGAAGCUAUAGCUUAUAAGACACCAAUACGUAGACGAGCAACAGUUUCUAUUAAUGAAAUUGAUGCAAACAUAGAGGAUUGCAACAUUUCUUCUAAUACAAGCUCAACAGAUAAUUUAUGCAAAAGGCACACAAUGCAUGUUCAAGGUAUUUCACAUUGGGCACCAGCAAAUAUAGGGCCUUACAGUCAAUCAACAAAGGUGGGUGAGAUCACUUAUAUCUCUGGCCAAAUAGCACUUGUACCUGGUAGUAUGACAAUCAUAGAUGGUGGCAUAAGACCGCAAUGUAAGCUUGCUUUGCGGCACAUAAGUAGAAUUGCAAAAGCAAUGAAUGCACAAGGACAGUUACGUGAUGUAGUACAUGGUAUUUGUUUUGUAACACAUCCAGCUUUUAUUGCGGAGGCUAGACGACAAUGGGAACGACGCACCACUAAUGCCAUAAUGGAUUAUAUCGUGGUACCCGCACUGCCACGAGAAGCGCUUGUAGAAUGGCAAGUUUGGGCACACACCCAUAACGAUAGGUUUGACUAUGAGGAAACUGGUUGCUCAGUUAAUGAUUACACAAUUUCUAUACGACGACGCUGGAAUUAUGAGAAUAAUUGUGCAGCUAUAGUAUGCUAUGUCUCAACAGGUUUAGCUUCAUCAACUACUCAAUUGACUCAACUAAGCGAUGAUAUACUCAGCAAUCAUUGUCAUUUGGCACAAUGUCUUACUACGGAAAACAUUGAUGAAAUACUCUCAUACGUGGUUAAACGUUUGCUUAAAGAUUAUCCAACUGCAAAACGUAUUGUUAGUGAUGGAACUAGUACCAAUUGCGAUGAUUUCAGUGCUGAUGCCAAUGUUAACAAUCAUGCCAAUGUUAAUACAUCGCAUAACUCCACUAACAACCAUAAUCACCAUUACAACAACACAAAUUCUGCGACAGUUUCUAUACCAGCGAUACACCUAAAAGUGUUCUAUCAAGUAACUGCUGCACCGUCCGUGGAAAUAUUGCUUAACGGUCUUAAAGAUUUCCGAAAAAAGUUCAUAGAUACUGCCAACAUCGUGUACACCGUUUUGCCCGCCUGCAGCUUGCAUAACUUCAGCACAUUUUUGUCAAUUUGUGGCGUAAGGCAUGAGUAGACGUGACAAAUCUGUGAAAUAUUAUUAUUGCAUAGGAUCUAAGGCAUUUCGCAAAUAUUUUGUUUUAUAAAUUAUUUAUAUAAUGCUAUAACCUUUUUUUAUUGGACCAAAGUAUAUAUGAAACAACAAAUUCUAUCAGAAGUAACAAAAGAGUUUCAAAACUAAAACGCAUACAAAUUUUUCUUCAUUGAUGAUUUUUUGUCCUAACGAUUAAGCUGUAUAUUUUGUAAUUUUUAUUGAUACUUAAAUAUUUAUUAUAAAUUAAAAUUUUUGUGGAUGUGAACUAUUUUUAAGCUAUAUUAUAAAGAAAAAGAAAGUUUAAUGAAAUGAAAAUGAUAUUUUGUUUUUGCUUAUAA